CUAUGAUCCCUUAUUAAAUCCACUUCAAUCAGUGUAGAUCAAGGGGAGUAGGCGGGUUAAAGAAGGACUUUUAAGCCUUGCGACAUGGGUUGUAUAUGUGUGCCAUUCAGAGGGUGAAUGGGCAAGUAGUUGCCAGGUGCACCAGUUAGAGCGUGUCAAGAACUGCUCCGCUGCUGGGUUUUUCACAACAGUUUCCUGUGUGUAUCAAGAAUGGUCCCCCACCCAAAGGACAUCCAGCCAACUUGACAUAAAUGUGGGAAGCAUUUGAGUCGAUAUGGGCCACCAUCCCUGUGGAACGCUUUCGACACCUUGUAAAGUCCUUUCCCCGACAAAUUGAUGCUGUUCUGAGGGCAAAAGGGGGUGCAACUCAAUAUUAGGAAGGGGUUUUGAAUGUUUUGUCAACUCAGUGUAUAUAAUCAUUAGGAAGUCAUAGUCAUGAGAUCAAAUAUAGAGUGGUGGGGCUCUAUGAUAAUGCCUGUUCAACUAGUUCACCAAGAGCACUUUGUUAAUAAACAGCAGUAAUCUGCUGGUUAACAUUAGUGUGUCGGAGUCUCAACAAGGAGCUUCUAAUUCGGUAGAGUGGCUGUGCUUUGACAGACUACUGUAUGUGCUGCCGGAGGAGGGAUUCCUUUCCAGAACGCCUCCACUGGCCAAUGAGCUUAGACGCCACCCAGACACAUGGUCCAGGCCACCCCAAAAUAACCUGCGACGAGUGCACUCACAAAUGUUAUUACUUUUACUGGUGACAGGUUGCCCUAGCUACUCGCCUCCAUAUUUCCCAGUAAACUCCAAGGUUAACUCUGCUCAAGUAAUUGGGAAGCCGGCCGGGGCAGCUGCCGCUUGUGUUCACAUUUUCCCAGGUGGCCACCACCGGAAGACCAGAAUCCCCUCUCUUUGAGCAAAGGUGCGCUCCGAGGAUUACCACAAGCUCCAGCCGGGGCCCGCUGGGGUUUAUUUGAAGAAUGCAAGAGAACAGUGUGGACCAGCCUACAUCAUUAUCUCAGCUCUUGAGAGAGAACUACUUGGCCGAAGCACGAGCACACCAGAGACACAGCGAGAUGAGUCGUUCCGACUCCUCCUCACGGCGCCUGGUCUACGGGCCCCUCAAAGGCAAGAUGGCGGACUCUGCGGGGCUGGACGAGCCGCAACACCAGCUCCCAGACCUCUCAGCCUUCCUGAGUCAGGAAGAACUGGAUAAGAGUGUUAACCUGGCCUGUCAGGCUAUCGGACCCGAGGCCUGCGAAGAGAGGUCAGAUGUCAAGGCCUCCCCCUCUGCCACCUCCGCCGCAUCCGACACUCCCGACACCCAGCCUGAUCCGGAAUUAAAAGAACCCCUACCAACACACCCGACAUUCUUGCCAGAGAGACGGCCAUACCCACCUCUGUCCCUCCAGGAUGAUGCUAUAAGGACAGACGAACAGAUAUAUCAGCCGUCCCAAUCGUCCAUCCAGGACAACUCGAUGAGGAUAGACAGACAGUCGUUCCCACCGUCCAUCAUCCAAGAUAUUGCGAUGAAGAACUACCGGGAGGACAUUAAGAGACCAGGGACUGGGGGGAGGAACACCCCGGCGUUCGGCCUGGAGAACCAGUCCAAGAAGGAGUUCCUCAACAAGGCAGCGGACUUCAUCGAGGAGCUCUCCUCUCUGUUCAAGGCAAACAGCUCCAAAAGGAUACGGCCCCGAUCAUGCAAAGCUCAUAGGAGCAGAGCCAACAAGGGCCAAGCCGAUGGGAGCAUUUACUCCCUGAACGCAGACGACAGGGAACGGCCCAUUCUUCUCCAAGACUUCGAAAUGGAGAUGGAGAGGCCUGCUAAUCCCUUCUGCAUUCAGCCGCCAGAGGUCCAAGGUUUGGACAUGGGACCGGGAUAUGGGCACGCUGACUUCCCAAUGCUGGACUGCAGGACUACUGAGGAGCAGUAUGAUGACUCUGAGGUGCUGGAGGCGGAUGAAGUGGAUGAGGCUGAGAGCCCUGCCCUGGUGGAGCCUGCCUUGGUGGAGAUCACCCCUGGAGUGUACACAGCCGACCCCAUCUGUGAGCCCCCUCACUUCAUCCAGAAACUGAAAAGCAGGGAGGUGUCGGAGGGCAGCAAGGUCCAGCUGGACUGCAUUGUUCGAGGACUACCCACGCCCGAAGUCCGGUGGUUUUGUGAGGGGAAGGAGCUGGAGAACUGCCCUGACAUUCAGAUCAUCAACAACGGCGAGUUGCACUCUCUGAUCAUUGCCGAGGCAUUCGAGGAAGACACAGGGCGGUACUCUUGCUUUGCUUCCAACUUCUAUGGCACAGACUCGACAUCUGCAGAAAUCUACAUCGAAGGUGCCUCCUCUACAGAUUCGGAGGGGGAACAACAUUUUGAACAUGUAGCACAGCUGCAGAGGACCUCAGAUCAACCGACUGCUCCAUCUUUACAUUCAGUGGUCUGUGCUGUGUCUGUUUCUGAGGAAGGCACACCCAUCUGUACUAAAGAACAGCCACAGGAGGCCACCUCACUGCCGACUUGCCAGGUAGUCACUUCAUCUGUACCUGUCAAGGUAACUACUACUGUCCUUCCUGUUACGGAGGUGACAGCAACACUCACCCAGGUGACAUUUACAUUGUCCCCUGCCCAGGAGACGUCAGCACCGUCACCUGUCCAGUUAGUCUGCACUCUAGAUCUACCACCUGUGGACAUAGUGUCAGUACUGGCGCAGGAGGUGUCAACGCCGUCCCUGUCAACACCGUCGCCUGUACCAGUGACGUCCACAACAUUACAGACAAAGACAGUCACUACCACGGCACUACCGCUGACCCAGGUGGCUUCCUCUGCACUGCCUGCCCAGGUGGCUCCCAUACAGACGACUCUAUCUGAGAACCUAAACGGUGACAGCUGUAACCUAGGUCUAGACGCCUAUCCUCAAGGUCUAGACGGGAGGCCGAUCAUCGCUGCCCCUGUUUUCACAAAGAGUCUGCAGGACCUUUUGGCGUCGGAGAGCCAGCUGGUGGUGCUAGAGUGCCGUAUUAAAGGGGUGCCCUCCCCCAAGGUGGACUGGUACAGAGAAGGAACCAUCAUAGAGGACUCCCCUGACUUCAGGAUCCUGCAGAAGAAGCCUCGAUCCAUGGCUGAAUCAGAGGAAAUAUGCACUUUGGUUAUUGCUGAGGUCUUCCCUGAAGAUUCUGGAACAUUCACUUGCACUGCGAGCAACAAAUAUGGAACUGUAUCCAGUAUUGCUGCACUAAGGGUGAAAGGCAAUGAUAACACCAACAACAACCACGUGAAAGCGCCACACAAGUCCACACAAGAGCCCUCUUCAUUAGAUCUCACUCCCCCCAGUCUAAAGCCUCAAGCUGAGGUUCCUGUGACCAACAGCAUCAAGCCUCACUCCAACACCAUCCGCCUAGAUCCGCUCAGUUCCAGCGCGUUACGACUGGACCCUCUGAGCACCAGUACCCUCCGUCUAGAUCCUCUGAGCUCCAGCAUGCUGCGCCAGGACCCUGUCAGCAUCAGCAUGCCCAGCCUGGACCCACUAAUCCUGGGCAGCAGCCCCAGGAUAGGCACCCGUAGCUCCAGCACAUCUUGUCUGGAUCCACUCUACCUGAGCACCCCUCACCCAGACCUGUCUACUAGUUCCAGCAGGCUACGUCCUGAGCCCAAGAGCAGUGGUGAGGUGCCCAAGACUGACCAUGAAGACUCCAGAGCCUUCUCAGUGUUAUCAGACCCUGCCAUUGGUCUGAGUCCUAAGGUGGAAGGGACUCCUUUCCAUAAACCUGAGCCCCCUCCCCCUGUAAACCUCCCUGAUCCCCCCACCUCCUCUUGCCUCAAGCCUGGGGUUCUGGUGAGCCACAACGGGCCCAGGUCCAGCUCCAGGGUAGGCCUCCGUGUGCACUUUAAACUGCCUGAGAAUGAGACAGACAACGAGAGUGAAACAUCCGAUAGCCAUUCAUAUGAAGAUAUGUCACAGUUGGCCAAUAAGGAACCACCUCCAGUCCUGGCCAAGCCCAAACUAGACCCUGUCCAGCUGCAGCUUCUACACAACCAGGUGCUUAUGGAGCAGCAGCAGACUGACACUGAGCCAACCGGAGCCACCCAGAGCCAAGAGGAGGCAUCUGCCUGGCCAGCCUGGAAGCAACCCGAGCCCCAGCCCCAGCACCAGCUCCAGCACCAGCAAAGCCUACCCCGUUCAUCUACCCCCAUGCCACUGCAGUCCACCCACCCCGCACCCAUACCGACCAUAGCCCCAACACCCUUACUCAACUUCACCCCUGUGACAACACUGAACACUACCGCUGCACCCCAGCUAAACACUAGUGCCCCUGUACCCCUGCUUAACAUUGCCUCUGCACCACUACUGAACCCAUACGCAACCCAAUCCUAUUUUCUUUCUUCUUCUUCACCCCUGCUAAACACAAGCCCUGUACCACCAAUAAACACUACUUCUGCACUGCUACUGAACACAGCCCCUCCUGCACCCAUUAUGGGUACCCUGCCAUCCCCUCUUCAACUGAAGACAGCUUCGUCUUGUAUGAGCUCCCCUCCGUCUGCCCCUCUGCUGAGCACUGUUCCUGCACCCCACCUGCAUACCAGCCCUGCAUCCUCACCCUAUAUGACCCUUCAAAACACCACCCAUUCUUCCCAGCUGAACUUAGCCCCCUUAUCCCUGCCUAAAUCUAUUCACGUACCCCAGUUUAACACACCUCUCAUACCUCAUCUGAAUACAGCCCCCACAGCAUCUCUCAGCUCCAUCCCUGCCGCUUUCAACAGGGCCCCUACAACCAUGCAGAACACGUCCCCCUCCCCCCUUCUCAGAACAACUCAUGCCUCCCUCCUCAACCUGGCUCCCACUUCACAGAGCUUCAACUAUGCUAGGCCAAAAGAGUUUAUCACUGCCCAGACUCCCCUCUCUCCAGUCAGGAGUCCCUCCCCUACAGAGUCCCCAGUUCCGUUGCUCCACGAGCUGGCUGCCGAGCUCAACUCCUCCAACCCCAACCUGUUCUCUCCACAACCCAGAGUCUUCCCCACCAGAGUCCUCAAGUCCCCCACUAGCCCCCCUUCCUUCAUGUCCUCCCCCACCUCACCCUCCAUUUUGCCUGCUGCCUACCUCAACUCUGUGUUCACCCUGCCACAGCAGUCACCCCCACAGGCAGCGUCCCCGACCUCCAGCACCUCCACCCCCAGCCCCAUCCAGAACCAUGUGGCCUUCCUCAGCUCUGUCCUGCCAUCUCUACACACCACACAAGCCACCAACUCGAUGGGCCUGCCCAGGAGUGCUCAUGGGCCACCUCAAGGCAUGCAGAAGAAGUUGCCUACAAGCACUCGUCCUAUGUCAGAUGUUGACAUCCGUAGCAGCCAACAAACCCUCCUCCAGGAUAUGGAGAAAAAUCUUAGGUUCAAUGAAGAUUUUAUGCGUGGUCAUGUACAACAGAAGCAGACUACUUAUGAGGGGAAAACAGCGAGCAGAACCCUCGGACCAAACAUUCCUGCCACUGUCUUUAACUAUGACGAGGAGUACAAAGUGUCCAACUUUGAGCAGAGGCUGUUGAGUGAGAUCGAGUUCCGCCUGGAGCGCACCCCAGUCGAGGAGUCGGAUGACGAGGUACAACACGAUGAGAGCCCGACGGGGAAGUGCGUCGCGCCCAUAUUCGACAGGAAGCUGAGGAACUUCAGGGCCAUGGAGGGUGUGCCUAUGACGUUCUCCUGUAAAGUGGUGGGGAUCCCCGUACCGAAGGUUUACUGGUUCAAGGAUGGCAAGCAGAUCUUGAGGAAAAAUGAUCAUUAUAAGAAGAUAAGAGAGGGGGACGGAACCUGUGUCCUACACAUAGAGGUCACCAAUAACGACGAUGAUGGCAACUACACUGUCAUGGCAGCUAACCCCCAGGGACGAAUCAGCUGCUCUGGUCAUUUGAUCAUCCAAACGGGUCCUCUCCGAAACCGAAUGACACCUAUGAUUCACUCUCAGAGGGUGCGGGCCCGCAUACAGGAAGUGGAAGAGGGUGAACCAACCCAGGAGCGCUUCUUCCGACCUCACUUCCUCCAGGCUCCAGGGGACAUGGUGGCUCAUGAGGGCAGAGUCUGUAGAUUAGACUGCAAGGUGAGUGGCCUACCAAACCCAGAGCUGAUGUGGCUGAUCAACGGGAGGCCCAUCUACCCAGACUUCUACCACCGGAUGCUGGUGAGGGAGAACGGCAUCCAUUCCCUUGUCAUAGACCCCCUAAAACAGGACGACGCCGGAACAUACACCUGCAUUGCCAGCAACAAAGCAGGACAGAGCUCCUUCGGUCUGGAGUUAAGAGUUGUGGAAAAAGAGAUGAAGCAGGCCCCCCAGUUUGUUGAGAAGCUCCAGAACACAGGCAUCGCAGAGGGCACCCCCGUCCGACUGGAGUGCAGGGUUCUGGGCAUGCCUCCACCUGUAAUCUAUUGGAAGAAAGACAACGACACCAUUCCUCACACCAAGGCCAGAGUCAGCAUACACCAGGAUGCCACUGGAUAUGUUUGCCUCCUGAUUCAGCCUACCAGGAAAGAGGAUGCUGGCUGGUACACCGUGUCAGCAAAGAAUGAGGCUGGAAUUGUUUCAUGCACAGCCAGGCUAGACAUCUAUGCCCAGUGGCAUAAGCAUGUCCCUCUGCCUAUGAAAAAGGCUCCGCGGCAGGGCAGUCGCUAUGCAGUGCUGACCGGUCAAGGCCUGGACAUCAAAUCUGCCUUCCCCACGACGGACAAUAGCCCCAUCCUGUUCUCCAGCUCCCCUGUGGAGGCACAGCUGGAGAGUGAGGAGCUGUGAGGAGCAGACACACUUCACCAUAGGGUUGUAAAAGUGUAAACUUUCCCAUAAUGCACAGGUUUUUCCAAAAUUCCAAAAGUUUAGGAAAGUUUGAGAAUUUUGUCAACCUACUCCACCACUCUUAUCACUACUGGCCCUUUGAACCUACAAACUACUCUUCUCUGGAGUCUCAUAGGGCUGGUUUCCCAGACACAGAUUCAGCCAAAUCCUGGACUAAAAAGCAUGCCCGAUAGAGAAUCUCCAUUGAAAGUGCUUUUAGUUCAAGACUAGGCUUAAUUUGUGUCUGGGAAACCGGGUCCCAGAGUUUAGUUUGCUCUAACACCUCCUGAUGACUAUCUACUAGUUCAUCUAAUCUGUCGUGGCCAGUGGGAUGGAAGAGCAGGACUAUAAUCUUAGCAGUUUGUGUCAUCUGGUUUGUGUGAUACAGUUGAUGUGAUACAUUGAAAUUACAAUGACAAAAACGGUUCGAUUUCCAACUGGCAACCUAAGGCUGUGUUUGUUUUUCUGCCAUUCCUAUUGAAUUGUAUCAUUUGAAGCGUCUUAUUCACACAAAACAGACACACGUGCCAAGUUUCAGUUCACUAUCAUCUUUCGAUAGGUCCGAUUUGUUGAUGGUUCAUUUUGUUCUACUUUUUUUUGACGAGUUAGUUUGAUAUUGAGAAGGUUGAUUGAAUGUUGAUGAUCGUGACAUACUUUCAUCGUCACACAUUUCAACCUGUUCUUAACCUUUAGCAAAUUGACUGUUUCGUUUGGAUGUGGUUGUUGUAUGGUUUUAUUUCAAACGUAUAUAUUUGUGUCAAAUAAAGAUAGUCUAUUUUAAUGUUUAUAUAAUAUAUAUGUGCUUUAAAUGUAAAUCAAAGAAAUACACUAAAGGAAAGCCAAAUGGACAAAUUAAAUUGUACACGUGCAUACAUUGAGUGGGGGAGGUACUACUCAAUAUUAUGAAGGUGUUCUUAAUGUUUUGUACACUCAGUGUAUAUAGCAAGUACUAUGAAUAUGACCAGGUGAAUCCAGGUGAAAUAUAUGAUCCCUUAUCGUUGUCACUUGUUAAAUUCACUUCAAUCAGUGUAGAUGCAGGGGAAGAGACGGGUUAAAUAAGUAUUUUUAGCCUUGAGACAAUUGAGACAUGGAUUGCGUGUGUGCCAUUCCGAGGGUGAAUGGGCAAGACAAAAUAUUUAAGUGCCUUGGUUUUUCACGCUCAACAGUUUCCUGUGUGUAUCAAGAAUGAUCCACCUCCCAAAGGACAUCCAGCCAACUUGACACAACUGUGGGAAGCGUUGGUGAACAUGAGCCAGCAUCCCUGUGGAACGCUUUCGACAUCUUGUAGAGUCCAUGCCCCGACGAAUUGUGGCUGUUGCAACUCAAUAUUAAGAAGGUGUCCUUAAUGAUUUGUACACUCAGUGUAUAUAGCAAGUACUAUGAAUAUGUCUUUACAAUUUGAUAUCUAGAAUUGGUUCGAAAAUAUGAUUGAGUUUUCCUUGAUGUUCAAUUAAAACAGAAUAUUUCACAUCGAAUACAUGAUUUGUAAAUGCACACUUUUGCACUGUGGUUCUGUUGUGUUUUGAGUCCAUACUGAUAGCAUAUGGAAAAGCGAGUGAACUACUGUAAGCAAAGGGUGGCAUUUUCGUAGUGCAAAAGCAUUGUGCAAAGUGCAACAAAAAAUACACUGUAAGCCUCAUUAUAAACUUGCACUGUGAUUACAUUUGAAACUUUUCUGCAAAAAAAUGUGUGUUAUAAGGUGGCGAUCAUUUGACAAGAGUUUAGUCAACCGAACAAUACAUAAAUAGUCGCCUCUUUAUAACGCAGUUUGAAAUGAAGCCAGAUUGGAAUGGGGUUUCUGGUCAUUUUUGCACUUUGCUCAAUGCUUUUGCAUUACGGAAAGGUCUCUGUUUCUUCUCACUGCCUCAUAAAUGGAUAGUUGUGCUUACAGUAGCUUACAGUACACCAGGAGCCUUAUCCAAGGAUUGCAUUUCAAACACUAUCAUGAUGUUUACUUUACAGAAAUGCCUUUUUAAGGUGAGGAAUUUUGAGCUGCUAUUUCUGCUGUAUGGAGAUAGGUUACUGAAUAUGUAAGUUAUUAUAAUAAGAAAAAGGAAAUUCUGACAGCAAUUUAUGCAAUAAAGUUCAUACAGCAGUAUAGUUGUACUUUGAAAAAUAUACUCAUGUGUUUCAAUGUUAGUGGGUCGAGGGAUAGGAAAGAUAUUUGUUUGUUGGUAGGCACAUGUGCUUUAACAGAAUUCACUGAUAGAAUGAAAUGUAUGUGUGGGAGAAAUUAUGUUUUGAUGGAACUGUACACCCCCUUGUAGCUAACAUGUGAUUAUUGAAGAAAACAGAUUACAUGUUUUAACACAUAUUCAAUAAAUGUAAAGUUGCACCAUGUAAAAUAGUUUUUUCCCCCCCUGAGAAUAAAGUUAUAUUUAUUCAAAAAUA